CAAGACAGUUUGAAAGUCUCUGCCAGACUUGGGCUCUCACGCUACUUCCUGGACGGACGGAGGAAUGGAAAGCUUCCAGCGCCUCUUCACCACCACCAACAUCGACUCUCCACUCUCCCAGCACGCGACGAGCGCUGCCUCCACCGCCGCAGCCGCAAGAGCGACGACGCGCUGUGUGAGCCAUCGCUGCUAGUCUGUCGGCACCUGCUUUGACUGUAUAUGCACGCUCUUGCACAAUCAUCAGUAUCGCAGUGUUGUGCUCAUUUCGGCUAAUAUUGGAGGGAUUUUGAGACGGAAAGACUCUUUAUUGGACCUGUAAAAUCCAUCCGCCUUCCACCUCCACCGUGUCCAGUCUCCGUGUGCUAUACGUCGCCGGCGCUGCUUUUUACGCAGCGAAGGCGUCGCUGAUUAGCCCGAAAACGGGACAAAGUCAACAGUUGUUGCAGCUUAUUGUUUGCAUGUCGACGUGCAUAUUACUGCCAUGUGGAAGCUACUGCAGUCGUGUUGUUUCUGCUGGUGGAUUUUCCUUGUCAUUUUGCCAGCCUUCGUGCUCCUCCAGGCAGAGUGUCAUCCUGCGCUGACAGGAAGCCAAGUCAAGUCCCAAGCCCUUAUCCAAAGCUUACGCAGAGCCACUGCUGGUGGGACACGACACCGGAGAGCAGCUACUGAGGAGACCUACUGGGCCUACUCAGGUAUAUAUGGACCAGAUGAGGGUUGGGCCUCAGCUUACCCAGAAUGCAGAGAGAGAAACCAGUCACCGAUCAACAUUGUCGACCAGGACACCAAAGUAUCAGCAGAGUAUCAGGAACUGACACUGGAGGGUUUUGAUACUGAGUCCUCAAAUAAGACAUCUAUGAAGAACACUGGCAAAACAGUGGCCAUUAUAUUGAAGGAUGAUUAUUUCGUUCGAGGUGCAGGGCUACCAGGGAGAUUUAAGGCAGAAAAAGUGGAGUUUCAUUGGGGUCCAAGUAAUGGAUCUGAAGGUUCUGAACACAGCAUCAACGGCCGUCGUUACCCUGCGGAGAUGCAAAUUUACCUGUACAACUCAGACGACUUCGACAGCCUCAGUGCAGCGCUCAGGGAGAAGAGGAUCAUCGCAGCCAUGGCUGUGUUUUUUCAGGUGGGAGGGAAGGAUAAUCCUGCUGUCAACCCCAUAAUCCACGGCCUGAAGGGUGUGGUCCAUCAUGAAAAAGAGACAGUGCUGGAGCCAUUUGUGCUGAAGGACUUGCUACCGUCCUCACUGGGAAGCUACUAUCGCUACACCGGUUCUCUGACUACUCCGCCCUGCAGCAAGGUGGUGGAGUGGAUCAUCUUCAGCAGACCUAUUUAUGUCUCCUACAAACAGUUGGAGGCUUUCUACUCAAUCUUCACCACAGAGCAACAAGACCAUGUUAAGUCAGUGGAGUAUCUGCGCAGCAACUUCAGGCCCAUUCAGAGCUUGGACAACCGCCACGUCUUCAAGUCAGCAAUCAAAGACGCAUGGCUGCCCGACCUAACUGACAGCAGCAGCGGGCCGUAUGGCACAGAGGCUUCCAAAGUGUGCAGCAGCGCUCCCAUCAACAUGAAGGUACAGCAUGUGAACGGCAGUGCACUGGUGGUGCGCUGGGCCCAUCCUGAGAUCACCUACCAUCCACCUAUCCUCCACUUCCUGGUGUCCUACAGCUGGACAGCCCAUGACGACAGCUAUGAGGAGACACACCUCACUGACGCCAAACACAAACUGGAGGCCAUCAUUUCUCCUGUCUCCCCUGAUGUGCUGUACCUGUUUCGAGUCCAAGCCAUCUGUAUGAAUGACAUGCGCAGUGACUUCAGCCAGAGCAUGCUCUUCAGAGCAAAUACCACCAGGAUCUUUGAGGGAACAAGGAUAGUGAAAACUGGAAUGCCUACAGUGUCCCCAGCCUCUUCAGCGGACAUGGCUCCCAUCUCCUCAGGCUCAUCUACUUGGACAUCUUCGGGCAUCCCCUUUUCCUUUGUCUCCAUAGCGACCGGCAUCGGCCCAUCCUCCAGCGGCAGUCAAGCAACAGUGGCUUCUGUGUUGACUAGCACUUUACUGGCCGGUCUGGGCUUCAGUGGUGGUGUCAUCUCCUCUUUCCCUAGCUCUGUUUGGCCAAGCAGAGCACCAACCCACAGACCCUUUUCCACUCACCAGACCACCAAGCCCAGUGAGCCCACCAAAGAUGCCACCACCUCUGCCUGUGCUGUCACGAUGGCCAAAGAUAACAGUGAAGCUGGAGGUGAGGACAGGGAGAACAGCAAGGGCCACGGAAAAGACAGAGAGAAGCAAGGAGAGGAUAAGGACGAAGAGGAAGUAGAAGAAGAAGAAGAGAAAGAUGAGAAGAAGGGGAAAAGGGGAUCAGGAGGUGUGGGCAGGACGGGAAGGAAGGACAACAGCACAGUGGUGAAUGAGUCUCCUAGUGAGACACCAGACACCACCGCAAAAGAGAAAAAACACACUGAGCCAGAUUCAACUAAUAUGCCGCCUGGUGUAGACCAGCUGGAGUAUUCCCCUAAUCCCCUUGACUGUAACCCUGCUACUACCACAGAGACAGGCAAUGAAAUGGCAUUCCCCAUCCCCAAGGACCCAGAAGUGACAUUCAGACCCAAAGCUGAGGGGGCCAAGAGGCACUGGCCUUUCUCCAUCCAUACUGACCGUCCUGGUGCAGUGACCAACCUGACCCAUCAGACAAAGUCAGGGUCUGGGACUGGGCUGGAUCAUGUGGAGUGGCUGGUACCUUUGGUGGUGGUUUCAGCUCUGGCCUUCCUCUGCCUCGUUGUACUGCUGGUUGUGCUUGUCUACUGGAGGCGCUGUUUCCAGACAGCUCAUUUCUACGUGGAAGACAGCAGCUCACCCCGAGUGGUACGCAAUGAGACUAUCCCUGUCAUCCCCAUUCCAGAUGACAUGGAAGCCAUUCCAGUCAAGCACUUCAUCAAACACAUCUAUGAACUAUACUCAAAUAACCAACGUGGAUUCUCUGGUGACUUUGAGGAGGUUCAGCGGUGUACUGCUGAUAUGAAGAUCACAUCAGAGCACUCCAGCCACCCUGACAACAAGCACAAGAACAGAUACAUCAACAUAGUAGCCUAUGACCACAGCAGGGUGAAGCUGAGGUCGCUUCCUGGGAAGGACUCCAAACACACGGACUACAUCAAUGCCAACUAUGUGGAUGGUUAUAAUAAGCCUAAAGCCUACAUUGCAGCCCAGGGACCUCUCAAGUCUACUUUUGAGGACUUUUGGAGGAUGGUGUGGGAACAUAAUACUGGCAUCAUUGUCAUGAUCACCAACUUAGUGGAGAAAGGCCGGAGAAAAUGUGACCAAUACUGGCCAACAGAGAACAGCGAAGAGUAUGGCAACGUGGUAGUCACGCUGAAAAGCACAAAAGUUCGUGCCUGCUAUACUGUUCGCCGCUUCACACUGCGCAACACCAAAGUCAAAAAGGUUGGUAAGGGGAACCCUAUGGUACGAGCCCAGAGUGAACGGACGGUGCUCCAGUACCAUUACACCCAGUGGCCAGACAUGGGUGUCCCCGAGUACACCUUACCUGUCCUCACCUUCAUCCGCAAGUCCUCAGCUGCCCAGAUGCCUGACAUGGGACCCAUGCUUGUCCACUGCAGUGCCGGAGUGGGACGGACAGGGACAUACAUCGUCAUAGACAGCAUGCUGCAGCAAAUCAAAGACAAGAGCAUGGUUAAUGUACUCGGCUUCCUCAAACACAUACGCACCCAGCGCAACUACCUUGUCCAGACUGAGGAGCAGUAUGUCUUCAUCCAUGAUGCCUUGAUGGAAGCCAUUUUGGGAAAGGAAACAGAAGUGGCAGCCAGCCAGCUUCACAGUUACUUCAAUAGCAUCAUGACAGCGGGUCAUAAUGGCCGGACACGUCUGGACAAACAGUUCAAGUUGGUAACACAGUGUAAUGCCAGGUUCAUGGAGUGCUUCAACGCUCAAAAGGAGUGCAACAAAGAGAAAAAUCGAAGUUCCUCUGUGGUGCCAUCGGAGCGAGCGAGGGUUGGCCUAGCACCUUUAGCAGCCAGCAUCAAAGGCACGGAUUACAUUAACGCCUCUUACGUCAUGGGUUACUACCAGAGUAAUGAGUUCAUCAUUACCCAGCACCCCCUGCCCCACACCACAAAAGAUUUCUGGAGAAUGAUCUGGGACCACAAUGCGCAAAUUAUUGUUAUGCUGCCUGCCAACCAUGGACUGGCAGAGGAUGAGUUUGCAUACUGGCCCAGUCAAGAGGAGGCCAUGAACUGCGAGACGUUCACUGUCACGCUUAUCAGUAAAGACCGACUCUGUCUGUCCAAUGAGGAGCAGAUCAGCAUCCACGACUUCAUCCUGGAAGCCACAAAGGAUGACUACGUAUUAGAGGUUCGUCACUUUCAGUGCCCCAAGUGGCCGAACCCAGACGCACCCAUCAGCAGCACCUUUGAGCUCAUCAAUGUCAUUAAAGAAGAGGCAGCUAGCCGGGAUGGACCAACCAUCGUCCACGAUGAAUUGGGAGCAGUGUCAGCUGGUACGCUGUGUGCGCUCACCACCCUGUCUCAGCAGCUGGAGAGUGAGGGCGUCGUCGAUGUCUACCAAGUGGCCAAGAUGAUCAACCUCAUGAGGCCAGGGGUCUUCACAGACAUUGACCAGUACCAGUACCUAUACAAAGCUCUACUCAGCCUUGUCAGCACCAAGGAGAACAGCUCAGGUCUUCUGGCCAGGAACAUUAAUGGGACCAUGACGUCCAUGUCCGACCUGUCUGACCAGGCCGAGAGCAUGGAAUCUUUGGUCUGAGAGAGGCCCUUUGGGGCCCUGGAGCAGAGUUGAGGGCGUCCUAUGGGUCCAAACACCGCUGUGAGGUCCCUGAGCCCACAAAGGAGGCACUUAACUUUGAAAAACCGUCAAGGAACUAUUGUGGACAAGACUUUUUGAGGCCUUUUUUGCCAGACUCUUGGUUAAAAUGAAUAUCCUGAUUACUUUUUUACACUGAUAAAAAGUUUUUGAUAUUUAUUUUUUUCGCCAUUUUAUGUCUUAAUGUUCUCCUACUGAAGGGUUUGCACCUGCGUUUUUAAGUUCCAUGACAGUGGUGGCAGACAACGAGAAACACUUUUCUGUCUUUUCUUGUUUGCACUAUAUAAUGUCAGUGUUACUGCCUAUACUAAAGCUGACACACUUGGCUUUUCUUACUCAAGGUCUUUUUUUGACAUUCCAUGACUUUGGCCCUUAUUAAACCAACUGCUUUUGUGAAGGACAUUGCUCUGCUUGCCACCUCCCAGUUAAUUUAAGACACUAAAUGGAGGGAGGCACAAACUCUCCUCCUUUUCACCUCACCCUGCUCAUCUCUAGUACUUAUAGUACCACUCAUUUAUCACAAGAACAAAGAUCUUGGAGCAUAUUGCUACUGAAAAGUAACAUUUGUUUUUUUAAAAUCAACUUGCUCUUCACAGUUUUUUUUUUUUGCCUUGUUUUCCUGUCACACUCCUUGCUAGCGUCAAGUCACACCCAUGUUAGAAUACCUAAGGUGGUAUAACAACUGCUACUGUGAAAUUUUAUUAUUAUUUCUUUGUAUAAUUCAUAUUAUGCUUUUUAAUAUAUGGAAAUACUGUAUGUAUACAUAUAUAAAUAUAUCCUUAUCAUAAUAACUUUGUGAUUUUUGUACCUGUCCUUUUUGUGGUCUCCCACCUCAGGCUGGUUGAGGUCCACCACUCACCUCCGAUUCCCAGCCAUCUGGAAGCGGACUCCCUCAGUCCUCUACAUUCUUGUUUGCUGCUAUGUCAUCUGAGCUCUCACGCAAAAUGCACAUAUAUAAUGCCACUCGUUAGUGAGUAAUUUUACAUUUGCAAUAUGUGACAUAACUACAACAGAUGAUGCAACAACAUGAAAAUCACAUUUUUCUUUUCAUUUGUCAUAAAUUCCUUCUGACAGACAAGCACAGAUUAAGAAUGCAGUGGCAAUAUGUGGAGCCUUCAUUCACUCACAUGCAUCUGUGUGUGUCAUCACAGUAUUGAAUCAGUAUGGUCUGCAGGGGAACAGCAAACUCAAAAACAAGCUCUAUGCAACAUUUUGGUUAGGUUUUAGGAAUCUGAAACAGGGUUAAAACAGUCUUUAGUUUCUUAGUGUUCAUACUCUAGCCAGAAGUGUGCGUGGGUCCACUUGGGUCUGCACAUUGUAAAUUUUGUCAUCAGAUGGUGUUCGCAUAACCUCUGUGCGGACUUCCACAUACCUCCAGUCUGUUGUGACCACAAGGCCACCACUGCUUGGACUACGGAAAGCAGUUCAAGCAGAACUAGUACGUGCCCAUAGUGUCAGCAGCUGUCCUUGUACGCCUCCUUUUGGAAAUAGAAUCCAGGCUUAAGUCUAGUGCAGGUUUGUCUACUCUCACCACAGUGGACUUAGAUUUUUUAAAUGUUUUAAUCUAUUGGUUUAAUUUUGCUUACGUCAUCUGGACAGAGUAAAGACUGCAAAAUAACUCUGCUUUAGAGUCUUUACAGCUUUUUUUAAUCCUUCAUAACUGUAUAUGAUGUAAGAAUGUAGAGUCAGAAAAGAAAUUAGAAUCCCACAGCCCUGAGAGAGCUGGCAUGUUUAAAAUGUGCUUUGCACUUAUUAAUUCCAAACUUCAUUGAAAGUUCAGUUCAUUUCUCAUCUCCAUUCACACGGCCUUUAACAACUCUCAUAUAUAUCGUGUUUUACAAUUUGAUGGAUAAGAGCUGAUGCUCAAAGGUUUGGCCAAAAGACAAUAAAAGACAAUAGUCAUACAGUUAUGUCUACCGUGACAAAGCUUUGCCUAUAGCAUGGAACAAUGUUAAUGUUCCUCUUUCACUGUCAACACAAUCAACUAAUGCUGAUGUGUCCAACUCCAGUUGACAGAAGCGGAAAACAUUCAACAUUCAAACAUUCAGUUUGUGCUUUCCAAAUUAUAUUUCAAUUGUUUCUUGAGUUUAAUGACAAGGAACCACAAAAUUCCUCAUCAUUCUGUUACACAUGAUUGUUAAUGGCUGCUUAAAUAUGUUGAAAGUAAAGGCGGAUUUUGCUUUCUGCAUGUUUUGCUUUGUUUACUUAUUCAAAUAUUAAGAGGUAAAUCUGAAAAUGAAUGAUAAAAAGAUCAUUCAAUUUCCAGCUGUACCUGAGCAUACUCCUAUGUGAAAGACACAUCUAGCCAUUUUCAUUGCUUUAUUGUCCUCUUCUGUGAAAGGACCAAAAGUCUCUUAAUGUAGCUCACUGGUUUCCACUGAAGAUAUUAAUCGUUAUAAAACAGUUUACUAAAAAAGACACUUAGUAAUUUCCUAAAACAGCUGGCAAAUGUUAGUAAAUUUUACUUAAACAGGAGGAAAUAGUUUGUUGGAAACUACACAUUCAGCCCUACCAGGGUUUGGCUGCACAGGCAACACUUUUUAGCAACCAGUAGCUGUUGAUUUUGAUCAUUUCUGUCGACAGUAAAAUCAUUAUUGAAUAUCGUCAGCCUUGUCCUUUGAAUUUAAACUAACCGACAGCUUUCACCAAGUCACACGCCACACAGUGACCACAUUGCCUGACAAUCUGUUGCUCUUCUUAUUAAACCACACCAAAACGUAGACUUAAACCGUUUUACCUUACACAGGCAUUUUUAUCUCCAAAAGCAUCAGUGAAAUCAAUGGCUCUGAUAAGACAGUACCCAGGCGUGAGAGUUUCAAGUCAGUUGUCACAAACUUGAAAUAAAGUGCUUUCUUCUGUGUCCACUGUGUAGUAUUGUGUAGUGUGUGUGUGUGUGUGUUACUGUAAGUGGCUGAUUAGCAAAAGCUCCAUUCCGUUGGAGAUCUGUGCUCACUGACAAAGACAAAUGCUCAUUGCUCCACCCUCCCGAGGCCCAAGCCUCCACUCCUCACUCCCUUUUCUCCAGAGGCGUAUUUUUCAGUGGUUUCGUGGCCUACAAGCAAAGAGCGGAGCAUGAAAUGUUCCCUGCUUUCGCUGCAGUGAUCCCUUGCACACGCGUACACACAUGUCCACACACUCACACAUUUCUGUGACGUAAGGAUGUUCUCAUUUAGCUCCUGAUUUUAUGCUAUUCGUUACCUCUCUAAGUGAUGGCGUGAAAUGAAAAUUGAAUGAA